CACAAUUGGCCACGCCAGGUGUUAAUCUUCACUCGAGGCGAUAAGAUACCACGUCAAUACAAAAGGCCUUCACGAGCCUGCAAGAGCCAAGUCGAUCGCAGAAUUGCAGGGCAGAAGGAAUAGACAGUGCAGCUACAAGGAAGAUGGAGCACUGGAAGGGCAGAGUGGCGGUGGUGACUGGGGCCAGUGUUGGUAUAGGGGCCGCCAUAGCGAAGGAGCUGGUGCUGAGAGGCAUGAAGGUAGUGGGGCUGGCACGAAGACCCGAGCUCAUACAGGAGCUGGCUGCCAGCCUCAAGGAUGCCCCAGGAAAGUUGUACCCUCUUAAGGCUGACCUGGCCGUGGAGAAGGACAUCUUGGCCGCCUUCAAGUGGGUCACAGAGAAUCUGGGAGGAGUCGACGUCCUGGUGAACAAUGCUGCCCUGUACAAUUUGUCAAAACUGUCAGAGGCCAAGACGAGCGACUGGAAGAGCAUGCUCGAGGUCAACGUGCUCGGACUCAGCAUCUGCACGAGAGAGGCCAUCCAGAACAUGAAGCAGAGGGGAGUAGAUGACGGAUACAUCUUCCACAUCAGCAGCGUCUGCGGACACUGGGUGUCCGUCGUGGAGGGGAUCUCCAUGUACUGCGCCACCAAGCACGCCGUCACGGCGCUCACAGAUGGGCUGAGGAAGGAGCUGACCUCUCUCAAGUCCCACAUCAGGAUCACGGCCAUCAGCCCGGGCGCUGUGGACACUAACAUGCUCUGGAAGACUCCACUCGACGUGCCGCCGCCAUCUCUGAAGCCAGAGGACGUAGCAGAUCUGGUCGUGUAUGCCCUGUCCACGCCCAGCAGAGUGCAGAUUCACGAGAUAAUAGUCCGGCCGCAAGGCGAGGCCAUCUAAAAACUAAAAUUCCAUCAGCAGUAGAAGAAACAAGUGUCGCUACAGCCACAGCGUCAAGUCAAAAGAUCAACACUACCACCAUUCGAAAAUUUAAAUCCUUAUCCUAUUCAAGGAGAAUCAAAGUUGAAUAAUACAAAAUUGCAAUUAUUGUAUAAAGAUUAUGUGUUCAAAGAAUGUUAUUGUUACAGAAAGUUGAAAGUUAAUAAAUAAAUAUUUUUUA